GUUUCAUUUGAUCUUCACGAUUCAAUUUUUUUACUGCUGCACCGGUUACAAAAUAAAAACAAAUAACACGUGCCUCUGUUUCUUAUAUCUGUUUACUGUCAAUUGAACAAGAUUUUACAGGCGUAAUAAUGGGUAGGAUUGCCAGAAAGAAACAACACAAGGGAGAUAAACCAUUAAAGGAAAAAUACAGAACCAAACGUAAAACGAAAGAUUUGGAUCAAAUACACGAGGAUAUGAAGCCAGCUAAAGCACAGAAAUUGUUGAAUCAAGAGACAGACUAUGACAGACCAGGUGCCGGACAGUUCUAUUGUAUUCAUUGUGCGAAAUAUUGUAUAAAUGAACAGGCAUUAAAGGAACAUUUUAGAGGCAAACCUCACAAAAGGAGAAUUAAGGCACUCUCAGUAGAACCCUAUACCCAGGAGGAGGCUGAUAGAGCUGCUGGUAUGGGCUCGUACGUAGCACCUAAACCAAUCGAGGUUCACACACAAGAUAACAAAAUGCAGGAUGAUACAGGAUAAUACAGUGUGCAGAGAUUAACAAAAUUUUUUAAACAGUUGUGUUUAACGAAAAAUUAUUUUGUACUGUGAUAUGGGAAUGUAAAAACUGGUAGCUGGUACAAAAAAAAAUGCAUCUUGUUAUUAACAGUGAAUAAAGUUAAAAUGAUUGUAAAUGAUUUGAUUUUGAAUAAUUAUGCUAGAACAGAUUAUGAUUUCAUUAAUGAGUAAUUGUUAUGAAUCUGUAUGCUUUUGUUACACAUUUCUACUGUUUUUGUAAAAACUAGUAUAUGAAAUUAUUAUGGAAAAUGUACCCAUUUUCGAAAUGGUAAUGUUAGUGAUACAAACUAUUUUAAUGCGUAAUGGCUAAUGCAUUAUAAUGUGAAUAUUUAUUGAAAACAAUUAAAAAAACAAGCUUAAUUUUCAA